CGAUCAGGUAUCAGUACCUCUCGAUCUCGCAUCUUCGUUUGCAUAUUACUCUUGAGUAGCCGAAGCACGAUUCUACUUUAGAUCAAAUAUCACCGAAUCGGAGAAUCUGUUGUUUCUUCACCUCCAACCCUAGCAGCUGAAGUAGUCUCGGAAGGAACUGAAUCGAUGGCUACAGUUAAGACUGAUUCGGUUGUAUCGUCAGACAAGGGAGAAAUUCCUACUACUACUGAUGUCGAGAAGAAGAUCCGUCGCGCAGAGAUGUUUUGCGUGUCUAUACAGCUUUCUGAACAAGAGAAACGUAAUACUAGGGCUGAAAGAUUCUAUGCUAAUGGGAGACACAUUCUUUCUGCUGGUCAAGAUCGUGCUUUUCGUCUCUUCUCAGUUAUUCAGGAUCAGCAAAGCAGAGAGCUUUCUCAACGGAAUAUAUCCAGAAUAGCAAAAAAACUUAAAAUGAAGGUAGGAUUUGAUUUUUUUUUCUUAUCUUUGCUUAAAUCAAUGAUUAUGGUUAUUGCUUUCUCUCUAAUUUGUUUUCUUAUCAUUCAACUUGGCUUACACCUAAUUUUUUCUUUCUUCAUAUCAAACCAGUUAAUAUCAUUUAUCUGUUUUGUUUCUGAUUACUUUGGUGGUCCUCUCAAACUAAUCAUUUUCGAUUUAUCAACUAUGGGUGUCUUAUUUCAUGUUUGGUACUGCUUCAACCACAUCAGAAUAAGUGAAGAACUCAGAGGAUCAGAAGAGGAAGACAAGAGCAGAAAGGUUUUACAGAAUUUGUUUUUGUUCUCCCUUGCAUUUGAUUUUGUUCUUGAGAUUUGUUGUUCUCUUAUGUUUGGGACUUUUGUGCCUGUUGCUGAUGUGAAAAAGAAAGCUAGGCUUGAGAAGUUAGCUGUCGCUCCAAAUACUACUACCACAACAACCACUACUACAGUGGAAGAUGAGAAAAGAAAAGCUAGAGCAAUCAGGUAUCUUAAGUAGACCAAAUUGGAGAAUAUAUAAUUUUUUAAAAUUUUUGUUUUUGUUUUUGAUUGAUUGUUCAGGAAGAGAGUCAUGGCCGGAAACAAGACUGAGAAUCUGGUGGAUCUCGGCCGCAC